GUCGACGCAAUUUGAACUUGCAAAUAUUCUCAGCAGACUUAUCGCAGCGAGUUUCAGAUCUUAGAUUAUUUAGUUUAAUCAAACUCCAAAUAGGUACUAACUUUUUACUGACCUCAGCAUGAUCAUUUUUCUAAAUUUUCAAUAUUUUUGUGAGGUUGUAGAUAUGUAAAAAGCGAUGGAGUAUCAGACGUUAUUCAGUUACAGGCCUUUCAAGAUCUUGUAUUGGAAUUCCACAACAUCCAGUAACUUUCUAGUAUUCCUAAUGAUUUGAUAAGACUGAAACGCACUUGUUAAAUGUCAAUAAUUAGUCCGAUUAAUUAGAGAAUCUGUGACGUAAUUAAUUCAUCACUAAUAUCCUUCCGUCUGCCAGUUUCGAUCAAUCAACAGUUUCGCCUUUUCUGAUAAUUUCUGAUAAUUUCGUCACCAUCACUUCUUAAAAGCGCGGAAAAUAUUAUUCAUAUUUCAACAUCUUGUCCUAAACAUUCGAGAACAGUCGUCGAUGAACGCUUCGAAAGUUACGCGAUCAAAAAAAAUGCUCUGAAUAUUUUUAAACUAUAAAGUUGGAGCAUAUCGAGUUAUGAAAAGUUUGUAAUUGACAUUAAUUGUCUCCUUAUUCAAUCAAUUAACACAAAUUGCAAGUAAUUAUAUUUUCUGUUAAAGAACUUUAAAGUUCUUACUGCCAGACCGAUAAUUUAUAUGAUACGACGAAGAAAUGUUUAACUUUAAGAAGCGGCAUCUCGUGUUUGGGUUGUUAUUUUUAUUCAUCUAUGGAUUGUUAACUACUUUGUUUACGGUUGAGUAUAACCACGUUCACAAAUACAAAUUGCUAACGGAAAAUAUUUUGAUCAUAAGUGAAGACAAGAACAAUGAAAUAGACCAAAGUAUUCGGAUUCGAGAAGUGGGUUUAACGGGACAAUCAAAAGUACACUCCUCGAGCAUAAAACAAAGCUCUGAGAGAAUUAUUAAUCUAAAAAACCUUGUUAAAGAUGUUAGAAUUAAGAAUAAUGUAACACCAAUCGUAUCACCGACGGAAAAAAGAAAAACUUAUAAAAUUGAGUACUUAAAAACAGCUAAAUCGCCGAAAUCGGACUUAAACGAGCCGUUGGUCCAUGGUAGGAACUAUGCUAAAAAAGAAACCAACUUUACUGACCAGGAAGAAUCAACUUCUAUUUGUCCUAAAUUAGGCAUUAUACAAAAACAUCCGAUUAAACUGAAGGAAAACAUUUCUUGUCUUGAACAUCAGCCAUCCGAAUCGGGUUGUAAGUAUGUCCAAGAACUCUAUCCAUACGAUGUUGGCAUUCAUACAUGCAAGGUUGAAAAAAGUGUCGAAAUAUGUACUUACGACAAAGGUCAAAUAUUCUGCACCUUUAAAUCGUGUGGAGUAAACUUUGACGAAAAAAUCUACGUUCAUAUUUUCAACAAAGAGACUGGACAUGUUGAAGUAGUACCAAAGGGGUGCAGCGACGAUGAAGAGCUGAAUUUUCUAGUGUACAGGGAAGCACAGAAAACUGUUAGAAGUGGUUAUAAUUUCAUGUUUCUUAGUUGUAAUAAAAAUGAAACACAAACGCAAUUGCUUCUUCUCGAUAAAGACAUUUUAGAACAGAAAUUAAAACUAGAAAAAGGUGAGAAAGAUGGCGUGAAUAUUAACAUUAUUUUGUUUGAUUCCAUAGCUCGAGCACAUUUUUACCGUUCUCUUAAAGCAACCAUAAAUAUGUUUAACGAAAUAAACUCCGAUCCUCAUUCUGAAACCGAGGUUUUAGAUUUCCAGCUUUUCCAAGCGUUGCACGGACAUAGCGCGGAAAACAACCACGGUUUGUUUACUGGUCACGUGUUCCCAUCUAACAUUUCGGAUAGUGAUAGAGAAGAACUCGCGACUGGUAUAGAUUAUUUCAUAAACCAUUUUAAAAAGCAUGGUUAUAACGUCAUGUAUCAGGAUGAUAUGUGCUGGGAAGCAUUUUGGGGAAUAAGAAUGGACCUUGGAGGAGCAGAAGAAUGGAAAGACUUGUCGUACAAGAUAGACCAACUAAACUUGGAUGAUACAGGUUUACUUUUUGCUAGUUGUAAAAUAAUGAAACAGUACAAAGUGGAACACAUUUUCAAUCUAGAGGACGAAGAGAAAGUUUGUUUUAACGGUCAACAGCAAGAUGAGUAUUAUCUACAAUAUCUUUACGAACGUUCCCAAAAAGCUGAAGCAGGUGGAGUCCGAAAAUCCUUCUCGUUUUCAAAUCUAAACGUAGCUCACGACGGGGGUGGAGUUAGAGUUCAAACGAUUGACGAAUCGCUGUCAGAGUUUGUAUCUUUGAUGUCCCGCAUGGAAAAUACAUUGACAAUAAUUUUAGCAGAUCAUGGAAACGGGUAUACCGAUUAUGUUUAUUUAGACAUGGAAGGUCGUUAUGAAAUGUUUCAUCCAUCUUUGUUCAUGAUUGUACCAAAAGGUGUGCAACAAUAUAUUGGUGAUAAUGUGAUGACGUCAUUAAGGUUAAAUCAAAAGAGACUUCUCACUAUGAUUGAUCUUCAUCACGGUCUGUUGAGUUUAACUAGUAAAAACAAACAAGCAAACGGUAUUUUUACUCCGGUGUCGAUAAACAGAGGUUGUUCCGAUGUACCUUUACGCUUGCCAAACUUAUGCGUGUGCCAGGGAUGGAACACUCCGGUGCAAAAUACGACAGAAAUGAUCGGUCAAAUGGAAUUUGCCAUCGGUACUUUGAAUAACAUUAUUACGGCAUCUUCAAAGGAGGGAAAAUGCAAAAGGCUUGUUCCCACUAUGAUAGUUAAUGUUCUGCAAAGAAAAGAUGGUGCGUUCAUUAGAACCACGUUUGACAUUUUAACGCAGUCAGGCUACGGUUUCACGAAUCGACACGAAACGAUAACAGUCGAAGUGAAGUCUAUUCUAAGUAAUACCGUUCCGUCACGAGAGAUGCAAUUACUAUCUAACGAUCGACUCUCCAAAUUCGGUCCUUACAAGAAGUGUAGCGAUACCGAGGAAACGUUCAGAUUAUGUGUUUGCGAUACAAAGAUACGAUAUUUGCAAUACGAAAACAACAUUGAAAAAUUAUAUUUUCAAAGGACGUCUUUGAACUACGAUAUAUUCAAAGGAAUCGUGUCUGAAGAAAUAAAAACUUUAGAAAAAAAUUUGGCAGUCAUUAUUAGAUCGUAUAAUGAACCUCAUUACGAUGAAAAUGAAAAUGAGAUUGAUCCAUACGUCAUUUCUUUAUCGUUUGAGGUGGUCAAUGUAGAUAACACGCAUGCGUACAUCAUCCAUGUCGAUUUCUUUAAUUUGAAGAAUAUAAAGGCCACGCAAAGGAACUGCAGCUCCGUUGUUAAAACAAACACUGUAACUUAUUUAUGUACUCUUGUAAGAAGUGCACCAGCGUGGUCAACGUUUUAUGAUUAUGAUAUUUAUUAUAAGAAAAUUUAAAAAUAAACAAAUUAGAAUUGAAAUAGUUAUUAAUAUAUAUUUAUAUAUUAUAUAUUCAAAGCUAGCUUCGGUCUUUUUCACUUUAUUCUUUUGUUUUAGUUAAAAAAAUAUCUGAACACUGUACCCCCUUUUUAA